GUUGGUUAAAGGUUUUACGUAUCGUGCUUGGAAAAAAUUAGCUCCAUGCAUACUGAUAUUUAUUUUAUUAUUUAUUCGCAAACGACCAGGUGAGUUAGAGAGAAUUCUUAUCGAUGACUAUAAAAGAGCUGAGACGUUUGAGAAAACAAAUAAAGUUUACGAGUACGACCGAUUAUCAAGUAAUGAUAAAAAAUUAGUUGAUGAGUACUUACGCAUUGAGUUUGGUGGGAAGAAAGGCCGAGAGGUGCCACUACUUUUAUCAAGCAGUAUGCGUGGUUUCAUAGAUUUAAUUCUUGCUCAUCGUAGUGCAGCUAAAAUACACCCUGAUAACCUGUUCAUUUUUGCGUUACCAGGAUUUGACGGUACGCAUUACUACCAUUUAGAAGUAUGUGCUUUCAUGAGGAAUUAUAGUAAAAGAUGUGAUGCACAGUAUCCAGAACGGAUACGAGCAACAGGUCUUCGUAAACACUUUGCAACGCUGAAAAUUGACGAAUGUCCAAUUUACGAUGUAUCCAAUUUCAUGGGUCAUGCUGAGAAAAUCCACAGGGAUCACUAAAGACAAACUGUAGUAACUCGGGACGUCUGUGGUGUUUCCCAAAUUCUAGAUGUAGCAUCCGGUGGUAAAAGAGUCCUGCAACGUGAUCAAGACCGUUCUGCAUCUUCGUCUACGCCCCAGAAACAAUCUGAUGCUAGUGAAAAUGACAAUUUAGACAUGGAUGUCUCUCUAGAUGUGAAUGUGGACCAACGUACCGUAGAAUCGAAUUCUGAUUCAGAUCAAGACAAUUCUACUGUUACGGCUCGUAUGAAAAAGUUUUUAACAAAAACACGCAAGUUAGAUGAUCCUGAAAUGUCAGAUGAAGAGUUCGAUGACGUAACUUCAAGGGCUGAUGAAAUUCCAAAAAUUUCAAAAACAAAGCCUUAUUAUGAUGAUGCAUUAACCGCAAAACGCAGGGGAAUAAAUACGAAAGAAUCAUGGUCAAGCACGGAGAAGACGCUUGUUCUAAAAACAUUUGGCCAUUUAAUUAAACUUUUGAAAACUCCGACUACAGAAGUCAUGACGUAGUUUUUAGAAGUUAAUCCAAGUGUUAAAAGAUCUGUACCCCAACUGCGCUUAUUGAUCCAUAAUCAAUAUGCACAAAAAUUACAAAAAAAGAAAAAGAGACUAUAAUCGUAAUAUUCUCUAAAAUGAUAUAAU